AGGGUUAAUGAUGUCGCAGUUUUUCUUUGUUUCAGAUGUAACGGGGAGAGAAGCAAUAUUGUACAUCCCGGCUGGGUAAUUCCAUUGCUGUGGCAGUGGCAAGAGUUCGGCAAGUGCCCGUGUUCUACCUGCGCCGAGUCUCGCUCCCGAGGAAACACGUCGGUGUCGAGAGACGAUCCGAGAUCACCAGGUCACCUACCCGCAGGAAAGAUGUCAAUAACGUUGAAAGAGUACAGAGAAAAUCUGCAAGGAAGUUGCCGGUUCUGGAAGACCUGAAUGAUAAGGAAAGAUUGAAUACUUUUGGACUUUAUUCCUCAGAAUGUAGAAGAUUGAGAGGAGAUUUGAUAGAGAUUAUCUAUUGCAUUGAACUGCUGCUAAGUUAACAAAUUUCACGACGCAUGCCACUGGUAAUAAACCUGAUUCUGAUUCUGGCCUUCCCCUGCUGCUGAGGACUAGGUGGGAUGGUUGUUCCCUGUGUUUUUAAGGUAUGAAUGAAGUGCUCUGGCAGGACACCCUCCCCCAGCAGCAGUACCAGCCGCCACCGCCGUCGCCUCAGGACAGUCUCGGUAACAGCGUCGUUCACAACAUGCCCGUGGUGCUAACUGGACCCUCCUCCGCCGGCCCCCAGCAGCAGCAGCAGCAGCAGCACGCCGCCUCACAGGCGCUCGCCGCCGCUUCAGUCUCCGCGCAAGGCCCUGGCUCGAUGGGGCCCCCCGUGCCGGUGGUGGUGCCGGCCCUGGCGCUGGCCGCGGGCCGCUCGCAGGACGAUGCCAUGGUGGAUUACUUCUUCCAGCGGCAGCCCGGGGAGCACCUGGGAGGAGGCGGAGGCAGUGGAGUUGCAGGGGGCGGUGGUAGUGGCGGGGGCGGAGGAGGUGGCGGCGGUGGCUACAACGGCAAGCACCGCUGGCCGACAGGCGACAGCAUCCAUGUUGAACAUCACCAGGUACGGUCCAUGGAUGAACUGAACCAUGACUUUCAAGCGUUGGCAUUAGAAGGGAGGAGCAUGGGAGAGCAGCUUCUGCCUGGCAAGAAAUUCUGGGAGUCUGAUGAUACAAACAAGGAUGGGCCGAAAGGGAUAUUUCUUGGGGAUCAAUGGAGAGACAGUGCAUGGGGACCUUCAGAUCACUCUGUGUCACAACCAAUCAUGGUGCAGAGACGUCCUGGUCAAGGAUUCCACGGCAGCAACGAAGUCAACUCUGUCUUGUCUCCACGUUCUGAGAGUGGUGGGCUUGGUGUCAGCAUGGUGGAGUAUGUACUGAGCUCAUCUCCUGGGGAAAAACUGGAAUCCUGCCUCAGAAAAGGGCCAUUUGGUUCUGGAGAUACUGAGGCUCACAGUGAAAAGGGAGACAAGAAAGGAAAAUCUUCAUUUGAUGGAGAUAAGAUGGGGGACCUGAAAGAAGUAGAAGAUGAUGGAAUUGACAAAACAAAUGGCUUGGUGGUGCAAAAUGGCAUAGAUUCUGAUAAAGACUUCAGCCGUACCCCUGGCAGCUGUCAGACCUCCCCAAGUGAAGUGGUGGAUCUACUUGGACCUAACCAGAACAAUUCAGAAAGCCUGACCAACAGCAACAAUGUAAAGCCUACAGAAGAUUUCAAUAACGUAGAGUCACAGAAUGUGCCCUUGGAUUCUAUGGAGCCUGUCGGACUGGAUUCGCUUCAGUUUGAUUAUUCCAGUAGCCAGGUGCAAAUGGACUCUGGAACAGCAGCUGUGAGUCUAUUCGAUUACAGCUCACAACAACAGCUUUUCCAGAGACAGAAUGCAUUGACGGUUCAGCAGCUGACAGCUGCACAACAGCAGCAGUAUGCACUUGCAGCUGCCCAGCAACCUCACAUAGGUAUGUUUUCAGCCGGCCUUGCUCCAGCGACAUUUGUUCCCAAUCCUUACAUCAUUAGUGCUGCCCCUCCAGGUACAGACCCUUACACUGCUGGGCUUGCUGCUGCUGCAACUCUGGCAGGUCCUGCAGUGGUCCCACAUCAGUACUAUGGUGUUCCGUGGGGUGUUUAUCCAGCAAAUCUCUUCCAACAACAAGCUGCAGCAGCUGCAGCUAACAACUCAGCAAACCAGCAGGCUGCAUCACAAGCGCAGCAGGGCCAGCAACAGGUUCUGCGGGCUGGAGCCAAUCAGCGGCCUUUGACCCCAAAUCAAAGCCAACAAGGCCAACAAGCAGAUAGCCUGGUAGCAGCUGCUGCUGUCAACUCAGCUUUAGCUUUUAGCCAAGGACUGGCUACUGGAAUGCCAGGUUAUCAAGUGCUUGCUCCAGCCGCUUACUAUGAUCAGACAGGUGCUCUUGUGGUGAACGCCGGGGCUCGGAAUGGCUUGGGGGCUCCUGUGCGCCUCGUUGCUCCAGCACCUGUCAUUAUAAGUCCAUCCGCAGCCCAAGCAGCAGUUGCAGCAGCAGCAGCCUCAGCGAAUGGAACAGCAAGUGGCUUAGCAGGGACAUCAAAUGGCUCCUUUCGCCCGAUGAGUAAUCAGCAGCCUCAACAGCAACCACAGCAACAGCCCACCAACAGUUUGGCCUCAAACUCAUUCUAUGGUAACAACUCCCUGUCUAGCACUUCACAGAGCAACUCGCUGUUCUCUCAGGGUUCUGGCCAGCCUGGUGGCACCUCCCUGGGCUUUGGAAGCACUAGUUCUCUUGGGGCAACACUCGGAUCUGCACUUGGAGGAUUUGGAUCAGCAGUUGGCAGCUCAAACACCAGCAGCGGCUCAAGGAGAGACUCGCUGACUGGGAGCUCGGACCUAUACAAGCGAACAACCAGCAGUCUCGCUCCUAUAGGCCACAACUUUUACAACGGAUUGGGCUUCUCAUCUUCCCCUGGCCCAGUAGGAAUGCCUCUUCCAAACCAAGGACCCAGCCACUCGCUAACACCACCGCCAUCAUUAUCGUCACACGGAUCGUCCUCGAGCCUUAAUCUGGGUAAGAGGGGUGGACUUACAAAUGGCAGCGGAAGAUUUAUUUCAGCCGCCCCAGGAGCUGAGGCCAAGUACCGCAGUGUUAACAGUGCCUCCAGUCUGUUCAGCUCCAGCAGUCAAUUAUUUCCACCAUCACGUCUGCGGUACAGCAUGUCAGACGUGAUGCCGUCGGGCCGCAGCAGACUACUGGAGGACUUCCGUAAUAAUCGUUAUCCAAACCUUCAGCUCCGUGAAAUAGCUGGCCACAUUAUGGAAUUCUCUCAGGAUCAACAUGGUUCAAGGUUCAUUCAGCUUAAAUUGGAACGAGCUACCCCUGCAGAGAGACAGCUGGUCUUCAAUGAGAUUCUGCAGGCAGCCUAUCAGUUGAUGGUGGAUGUUUUUGGAAAUUAUGUAAUUCAGAAGUUUUUUGAGUUUGGAAGCUUGGAUCAGAAGCUGGCUCUGGCCCAGCGUAUCCGUGGGCAUGUUCUCUCGUUAGCGCUGCAGAUGUAUGGCUGUCGUGUGAUACAGAAGGCCCUGGAAUCCAUUCCUCCAGACCAACAGAUCAUUAAUGAGAUGGUUAAAGAACUUGAUGGGCAUGUCCUGAAAUGUGUCAAGGAUCAGAAUGGAAACCACGUUGUGCAGAAGUGCAUUGAAUGUGUUCAGCCACAGUCGCUGCAGUUCAUCAUUGAUGCUUUCCAAGGGCAGGUUUUUGCUCUAUCGACUCAUCCAUAUGGGUGUCGUGUUAUCCAGCGGAUUUUGGAGCACUGCAUGCCUGAGCAGACCCUGCCUAUCUUAGAGGAACUACAUCAACACACAGAACAGUUGGUUCAGGAUCAGUACGGGAAUUACGUCAUUCAGCACGUUCUGGAGCAUGGCCGGCCCGAGGACAAGAGUAAGAUCGUGUCCGAAAUCCGAGGAAAUGUCCUGGCUUUGAGCCAGCAUAAGUUUGCCAGCAAUGUUGUCGAGAAAUGUGUGACCCAUGCCUCUCGUGCUGAGCGUGCUCUGCUGAUUGAUGAAGUGUGCAGUAUUAACGACGGUCCUCACAGUGCCUUAUACACUAUGAUGAAGGAUCAGUAUGCAAACUAUGUGGUGCAGAAGAUGAUUGAUGUGGCAGAGCCAGCCCAGCGCAAGAUUGUGAUGCAUAAGAUCAGGCCUCACAUUGCAACCCUUCGCAAGUACACCUACGGAAAACACAUCUUGGCCAAACUUGAAAAAUAUUACAUGAAGAAUGGAGUGGACCUAGGCCCCAUUGGUGGACCGCCGAAUGGAAUGCUGUAAAUGUGAAAUUUUUAAAGCGGAAUUAUUCCUCCCAACAUCCCUUUCCUGGGGGGACUGAAACGUGAUUGACUGACGUGAUAACCAGCAGCCUAAUUCUCCACCUCUGCAGGCUCAUAGCAAACAAAACACCUUGAUUUUAGGUUGCCAUACCAUGCUAGCAAAAAGCAAACCAAUUUAGUUUCUUCAGUGAAAGCAUUUAUAAAUUUUAUUUUGUCUGUUAUGUAUAUAUUAUAUAUGAUGCUUAGCAAUUCUCAAAGUCCUAUUUUUUCCAGGAGAUGUUCACACUUUUUUUGGUUAAUUUUUUAGAAAUGAUCACUGCCCUGCUUUUCUACCUUGUCUCAGUGAUGUAUAGGAAUAGUGUACAUAAGGUUUAAGAUAAAGAAAAUACAUCAAAAUUGUGAUAUUUUAGCCAUCCCAUUAUAUGUACAAAAAGUAGAAAAGUUCAGGGUGCUUUUUAGUGAAAUUGGGCUUGUGUUAAAUGCAGAUUUGGCUCAAUAUACUCCUGCUGUGACAGUAAGAUAUCCAAGAAGUUGAAAUCUACUUGUAAUUAUCUUUUUUUCUCAUUAUGGACAUGAGCUUUUCAGCAAUCAUUUGACAAAUUUAUAUUUAAAUCAGUUACACAGGUUUUCAAAAUGUAUGACAAUUAACUUUAAAAUGAAAGUUAUUAUGUAAAAAAAAUUGAAACAGGCCCCACGGGUGUCCUUUUUUUUCAUAAUUUUCCCUAACCUGUGGGUGUUUUUAAUACCUGCUGUUUUUAUGAUUUGCAUUGACUGCUCAGCCCCAGCUUUCUGGCCUACUCAAAUUCCAGGUCUGCUGUUUGGUUCUAUCAACCAUGGAACACAGUUUCUGUUUGUGUGUGUGCUCCCUCUGCGGGUGUGCCACUUGCCUCCUAUUCCUUCACAGGUAGGUGUGUACAAUAAAAUGUAGAACCUAGAGGACUGAUGUUUAAUGAAUUUCAGCCUGAGGAAGACAAAAUUAAAU